CAAAGGUAAACAAAGAAUUCGAGAUUGCGCUUCUCGAACAAUUCCAUCAACGACAAUCUGUGAUUUCUGCAUCCGGUCUUAUUAUUAUUAUCCAGGGGUGGGAACUCUUAAGCCUGUUGAUGAAAUUUUCGCAUUCCUUUCUUACGCCUGCCCGGCGAGAUUGAGUUUGGCGCAAAACACAUCCUUACCACCAGAAUGCACUGAUACCGCGCGGCAUCAUCAAACCAUCAAAAAUGACCCCCCAACCUAGACCGAUCCCCGCCCUCUACUGCGUCUACAUCCUCCGCUCCACCGUCCGCCACUCCUCCCUCUACAUCGGCUCAACACCCAACCCACCCCGCCGCCUGAGCCAGCACAACGGGGUCGUCAAAGGCGGAGCAGUGCGCACAUCACGAAACUCCCUCCGGCCAUGGGAGAUGGUCGCUUUGGUCUCUGGUUUUGCCAGCUCAACUGCCGCUUUGAAGUUUGAAUGGGCUCUAACAAACCCACACACAUCAUUGCACAUACCAUCUGAAUCUCGCCUUGCGUUUUCUACCCAGCGGAAGAGGAAUGGGCAGCCGAAGAGACCGCCGAAGAGUUUGAGUUCGAUUUUGUCAAACUUGCACUUGUUGUUGUCGGUGCCGAGUUUUGCGAGGUGGCCGUUGAGGGUGCAUUUUUUUAAGAGGGAUGUGCAUGCUGCGUGGGGGAGGUGGUGUGGGAAGGUGGAGAGGGAAUUGAGGGGGAGUUUACCGGUUGUGACGGAUUUUGGGGAGGAUGAGGGGGCUGUGGUGGCGAGGGCGUCGGCUUCGGAACCGUUGGGUGUGGUAGGGGAGGGGUUGGAUGGGGACGGGGGAGGGGAGGAGGUGCCGACUUGGGGGAUAUAUGGCUUGCCGUUGGAUUAUGCGCCGCUUAAGGAGUAUGUGGCGAAGGGGCAGGAUAUCUUUGUGUUUGAGAGGCAGGGGAGUUGCGUGGUGUGCAAGGAGGAGAUUGACCAUGGGGAGGGGGGACUACAUGCUGUUUGCUCGAAUGAGGGGUGUGAAGGGGUGGGACAUUUGAGGUGUUGGGGGAGGUAUUUGCUGAAAAGCGAGGAGGGAGGUGGAGAGGGGGCAAUAUUGCCGGUGGGAGGGAGGUGUCCGAGGUGUAAGGGUGAGGUACAUUGGGGGACGAUGAUGAAGGAGUUGACGUUGAGGGUUAGGGGGCAGAAGGAGGUGGAAAAUUUGCUGAAGGUGAAGAGGAAAAGGGCUCCAAGGAAAAAGACGGCGAAGACGAAGGAAACUGGUGAAGAGGAUGGUUGAAGAGGUCGAAGCAUACAACUAUUUGCAUGGCUGUUGUACAUGGGGAUGGCGUUUGGAUGAGGGCAAGGCAGCACCUGGCAAUGAAAUGAUACCCGGAUCUUGUAUAUAUGGCUUGGAUUUACACGGAUGAAUUCUUCACUAUGAAUUAACAGUUUGGCGUCGGAUAGCAAUGGGGUUGAAGACGGG